AUGUUGUACAAUGUGAUUGUUUUCCUCUACGAACCGAUAAGAAACGGGGAACACGUGUGGAGCAAGUCAAAAUGGAACUUAUCGUAUGUGAGAGUCCCUUGGCGAAAGUCCGGACGGUGGGAACUUGUUUUCUCCGCAGUAUUGCUGCUACACGUGUUCCAUAAUUGUCCGUGGACUUGUGAUGUUUGGCUGACUCCUUGCUCUCUGCGCGCGCGCGAGUCUGACGGUCUUCCCAAAGGUCGUAAAACACGCACAGAGGAAGCUGAUAUGAAGGCCGUCUCUUAG